UUGCAGUCCUAUGCGGUGGAAGUAGAUGUAAAGGAUGCCUCUAAUGCUACAUGCCUGUAUGCAAAAUGGAUGAUGGAAUUCUUGAUAAAAUAUGAAACGAACAGUAGUGAUUAUAAAAACACAACGUUGAGUUUGUCAUCCAGUGUGACACACAAUGGCAGCGUCUGUGGCAGUGACACACAGGCUGCACUUCUGGCAGUGCAGUUUGGAGAAGGUCACUCUUGGAGUGUGAACUUCACCAAAACCAACGAAACUUACCGGGGGGACUUCAUCACCUUUACCUACAACACGGGGGAUGCUGCUGUGUUCCCUGAUGCAAAGAGGAAAGGACCAGUUACUAUUGUUGUAAAGGAUUCUAUGCGUCCAGUGCAGCUGAAUAACGUCUUUGUGUGUCAUAAUACUGAGCUCCUUGAAGCAGAAAACGUAACACAGAUUUUCUGGAAUGUUACUGUGCAGGCUUUUGUUCCCAAUGGCACAAUCAGUAAAAAAGAGUCCAGAUGUCGCGCUGAUGCACCUACAGCUGCACCUACUGUCCUGCCUACUGUGGCCAAUACAACUACUGCAUCUACCACCACUUCAGCACCUGCUCCAACCACUCUUCCCAAACCUGUGAAUCCAGACACAGGAAACUACUCUCUUAGAAGCGGAAAUAACUCUUGUUUCCUGGCUAUUGUGGGGCUGCAGCUGAAUGUUACCCAAGACAAGCCUCGUCUGAUCAACAUCAAUCCGAGGACAACCACCGUAGAUGGCACCUGUGGUAACACAAGAGCUACCCUGAAAUUCAAUGAUGGAAAUAGCACAUUGAUUGGUUUCACAUUUGUUGUUAAAAACACAAGUUCAGCUGCACAAAAAUAUUACCUGAAAGAGGUGAACGUUACGCUGCUCAACCAUCUGAAUGGUUCUGUCAUUUCCAGUGCAGUUAACAACAAUUUCAGCAAGUGGGAAGCUUUCGUGGGUAGUUCUUACAUGUGCCGAAGUGAGCAAACUCUUGAGAUUAAUGAAGAAUUUCAAAUACAUACUUUUAAUCUGUGGAUUCAGCCAUUCCUUGUGUUGGAAAAUAAGUUCUCUGCAGCCCAGGAGUGUUCGCUGGAUGGUGACGACAUCCUAAUCCCCAUUGUAGUUGGUGCUGCACUUGCUGUCUUGAUUGCCAUUAUAGUGGUUGCUUACAUAAUUGGCAGAAGAAAAAGCUAUGCUGGAUAUCAAACUUUGUGAAUCUAAAUGUGAUUCCUGUUCUGAUUUCACUCUAAACAAAGCAAGUGCAAGUUCUGAAGUCCAAAAAAGACCUAAACUUAGGAGCAAUUACUAACCACAGCUAAUUGGAGAUGAGAAAUGGAGAGAGAAUGUUUAUCUUGGAUGAAGCAGAACUCCAUUUUUAGUUUUCCUGCUCUAAGAAGACAACGUGGGGUUUGUAGCUGUUUUGAGGAUGUCAAAUACUGGAUGGAUUGCUAGG